GGAAGUAGGUGGAACCAAGUCGCGACACGACGCUGGUGACCAUCCGGUCUCAGUAACAAGUCUGGUUGAAGAACAAAAAAAAAUGGCCGAGGUUCAAGAUGAGGGUUUCCCAGCUGGAGACAGUGUAAACCGUUCCUCCAGAGCCACGAAAAGAACACGUAUGUCUCAGAAGCUAACGUGCACGUCGAGAAAGAGAGCUCGGGUGGACAUUGGAUUGGCAUAUGAGAGGUGGAGGGAAGUGAAAGCCACAGAAGGAUUGAGAUCUGAUGCAGAGGUGGCCCAGUGUCUCCUGGAUGAAAUGAAGAGGUUACCCUCCACGCCAACAUCCUCGGGAGCCAAUCAUAAAAAGAUAAAAGUCUCGCAGUCAGAAGUAAGAGACAACACUGGAGACUGUGUACAGACACUAAUUGAGCAGGAAGUUCACAGUGCAGUGAAAACGAAUGAAACCAAGCUGCAGUGUUUAAUAGAAACUAUUGAGAAUCUGGAUCGUGGAGUGGACUUUGAAUGCACCAUCCAAAAACUGGAGACUCGAAUUAACACGCUGACGAAGAGAACAGAAGCAGCUCUCGCCCACAUGACAAAGACACAGAAAAAGAGUCAACAUCCGUCUCCUGUUAACGUGGACAUCAUCAGGAUAGAUUCUGAGGAUGAAGCUGUGGAAACCGUGUCGCAGAGCAAAGAGAGCAUGGAUCGCACGGGCAAGAGUGGGGAGUUCUUGCAAGUGAUGGAAACCACAAAAGAGGAAAUGAUGAAGAUGCGUGCCGAUAAUGAAGCUUGGGAGGCUGCCAUGGAGGAUUUAAGGGAGAUCUCAGCUCCUCCAGUUCCCACUCCUCAGGGUUCUCCUGAGUGUAAUAAAAAUGUUGACAAGUCCAGGAUGACUGAGGAGCCAGAGGCUGCGACUAUGAGAGUAGAAAGUCCUUCUUCUGGCAGGGAUAACAUCCCGAAGCACACAGGCUCAGGGCAGCGUAAUGUCAAGCUCUUAUACCCUCCACUUCCCUCCACCACUGUCCCCUCCGUCCUGGACUCGGAAGCGGCCUCAUUCAACAUCCCCCAGGGUCCAGAAGUACACUUGGCCCUCAUCAGGGACCCUCCAGGCCUCUCUGUGCUCUGGAAGGUAGUGGAGGAAGACCCCUGUGCACCGCCCAUGGAUAGUUACAGCAUCUUCAUGACCUCGGAAAAGGUUAAGGGCAGCGGCGUCUUCCGAAAGUGGAAAAUGCUCGGUGAAGUCAAAGCCAUCACACUGCCCAUGUGUGUGAUGGUCACAAAGUACAAGCCUGGGCACAAGGUGUGUGUUGCCGUGGUGGGCAAAGACACGUUUGGCCGGUGGGGGCCGUACAGUAAAGUCGUGACUGCAGCCAUACCGGCCUCGUUGGGAUGAGGAUAUGGUUUCAAAUUACAGACAAUACAAGCACCUACUUGAAGUGGGAUAUACUUUUCUAUUCACGUUUGUACUUUUUCUUAGUUAAGUUGUUGUACAAAGCAUCUUUUUCAAGUUCCCCAAGUUUUUUUUGGGGGCAGUGUCGACAAUCACAACCUUUUUGAAACCAAAUAAAACAAGGUUUAAAGGAACCAACAUGUGUA